AUGGUUGGUAGAUCAAAAUACAACUCUUUUAGAGUCAUUAAGGAUCGAGUGUGGGAGAAGAUUAGUAAUUGGAAAAAUCAAUUUCUAUCACCCUCGAGUAAGGAGGUGCUGUUAAAGGCUGUAAUUCAAGCCAUCCCAACAUAUUUGACAGUCUUCCAGCUUCCAAAGAAAUUAUGCAAGGAGAUAGCUGCUCAAAUGGCUAAAUUCUGGUGGGGUUUCAAAAAGGAAAAUAAUAAAAUUCAAUGGAGGAGCUGGGAAAAAAUGGGGGUUGUAAAAGCUAGUGGAGGACUGGGCUUUAGAGAACUUGUAAGUUUCAACAAGGCUCUAUUAGCAAAGCAAUGUUGGAGAAUGUUGACAAAUCCUCACUCCUUGGCUGCAAAGGUCUUGAAGGAUAAAUACUUUAGGCAUUCUGAAAUUUUGGUUUCAAAGCUGGGUCAUAGGCCAUCAGUUAUUUGGAGGAGUUUAUGA